GCAGCCAUUGGCCGAGCCGGCCGCCAGUCCCAGACAGACGGGCCAACUCGAUGAAUAUGGAUGAGAGCAGGCAGAGGGCUGAUGCGGCAGGGAAGACCCCCCCCCCAAAACCUCCGACGCUGCAGGACUGAACAAUGUGUGCCGUCUUCGCCUGCAAACGCUGAGGAAAAGAAGGAGCCGCAUUAGCAUUUUUAUUUCCCCGGCUCCGCCGGCAGCAGCAGCGGCCACGACGAUGGAUGUGAAAGCUUCUCUCUGCAGUCGCCGCCGUGAAUGAAUGAAUGAAUGAGACCUUGGGUGAAAAAGGGUCAACCGCAUUCCUCGACGCGCCGCCUGCACCUACGCCGAUGAGGCGGGACUCGGACACCGACACCGCGGCUUUGAUGGCCAUCGUCUGACGGAGGAGUGACGCUAGCAGCUACAUCUCAGAAAUGGAGGAGGGCGAGUACUUCCUGAAGGUGCUGAUCCCCAGCUACGCCGCCGGAUCCAUCAUCGGUAAAGGAGGACAAACUAUUGUCCAAUUACAGAAGGAGACGGGAGCAACGAUCAAGCUGUCCAAGUCCAAGGACUUUUACCCAGGAACGACGGAGCGGGUUUGUCUGAUCCAGGGAACCGUCGACGCCCUAAACGGAGUUCACAACUUCAUCUCCGAGAAGGUCCGGGAGAUGCCCCAGAACCAGAAACCAGAACCGGUCAGCAUCCUGCAGCCGCAGACCACCGUCAACCCGGACCGGGUCAAGCAGGCGAAGCUGAUCGUCCCUAACUCCACGGCGGGGCUGAUCAUCGGUAAGGGCGGUGCGACGGUGAAGGCGGUGAUGGAGCAGUCGGGGGCGUGGGUCCAGCUCUCCCAGAAGCCCGAGGGCAUCAACCUGCAGGAGCGCGUGGUGACCAUCAGCGGCGAGCCCGAGCAGAACCGCAAGGCGGUGGAGAUCAUCGUCCAGAAGAUCCAGGAGGAUCCGCAGAGCAGCAGCUGCUUAAACAUCAGCUACUCCAACAUCUCCGGCCCGGUGGCCAACUCCAACCCCACGGGCUCGCCCUACGCCAACACGGCCGAGGUGCUGCCCAACGCCGCGGCCGCCGCGGCCGCCACCGCCUCCUCGCUGCUGGGCCAGGCCGGGCUGACGGGGAUGGGCGGCUUCCCGGCCGCCGUGUCCGGCUUCUCCGGCAACGACCUGCUGGCCAUCACGUCGGCGCUCAACACGCUGGCUAGCUACGGCUACAACACCAACACGCUGGGGCUGGGGCUCAACCCGGCCGCCGCGUCCGGCGUGCUGGCCGCCGUGGCCGCCAGCGCCAACCCGGCCGCCGCCGCCGCCGCCAACCUCUUAGCCUCCUACGCCAACGACGCGUCCGGCGGCGCGGGCCACCCGGCCGCCGCCGGCCUGGGCGGCUUCUCCCUGGGCUCGUUGGCCGCCGCCACCGGCGCCUCCAACGGCUACCUGAACGCCUCGUCCCCGCUCAUGGCGUCGUCCCUGCUGGCCACGGAGAAGCUGGCGGCCGACGGCGGCGCCAAGGACGUGGUGGAGAUCGCCGUGCCGGAGAACCUGGUGGGCGCCAUCCUGGGCAAGGGCGGGAAGACGCUGGUGGAGUACCAGGAGCUGACGGGCGCCAGGAUCCAGAUCUCCAAGAAGGGAGAGUUCAUCCCCGGGACGCGGAACCGCAAGGUCACGAUCACGGGCUCGCCCGCCGCCACGCAGGCCGCGCAGUAUCUGAUCAGCCAGCGAAUCACGUACGAGCAGGGCGUCCGCGCCACCAACCCGCAGAAGGUGGGAUAAAGAAAAUAACCACCGUAGACGAGGAAGGAAGGAAGGAAGGGAAGGAAAAAACGGAAAAGGAAGGAAACGAGAGUCUUGAUGAAUAGAAUAAAAAAAAAGAAAUGUCCAAAUAUGUGUUGAGUUAGUCGGGAGAGAAGAGGAGGAAAUGGGGGAGAUACAACCAAGAUAAGUAUGUGUGACAUGUGAGUGUGUUUUUAGAACUGAUAUCCUGACGUUUUUUAAGAGUUUGUGUCCCGUCGCGGAUGUCGAUGGAGCUGAACUGGUUCGCUGCCGCGGCGCAGAUCCAAAACCUCCAAAACCUUACGACUACUUUCCUUUCAGUUCUUUGUUUUCCUGUUUUUCUAGUUUCCGUUUUGGGCCGUCGGCUCCGGGUGAGCCGAGGGUCCCAGUAAAAGAUCCAGUUAAACGGUUUCUGCAGAACCUUCGCUCUCUGGAAGCUCAUCGUCUACGGGGAACUAAAGCUUAAUCUCCUAGAAAAAAAAACUACUGCAUUUAUCUGUCUUUGUUGACAUUUUGUUUGAAUUCUGGCUCAUAUCAUAAUUGAAGAAGUUUCUAAAUUUGGGUAUUUUAUACUUUCAUCCUUUAUUUAUUAUUGAACACAGUCUCAUUCAAACAAAAAUCGAUGAUUUAAAACCUGCGAAAGCCGGUUGAUCUGAAUGUAAAAACAACAUUAGCCUACUGCUAACUUUUAUUUACAGGGAUUCAAAUGUUCUGUUGCAGUGAAAGAAAUGUAAACCUAGUCUGGACUUCACUGUUGCUGCGCGCAUGUUAUAGUUCAGGGGUUAAUAAUCAAUGUGAGAGGACAGAGGAGACACACAGGAAUGUAUAGAUAUAUUUUACAUACACACAUGGAUUAAUCCUCCCACAAACGCACAAAACACUGAAACAUCUACAUAUUCAGUCACAGCUACAAACACAAAGAAAUAUGUUCAUGUUUAACCCUUUCUUGGUGCUAUAGGAUUAGGUUUGUAUCUCCGUUACCAUGAAGUCAAAAAUCUCUCUGGCGACUUAUUUGUUAUUUGAUUUUUAGUAGCCGACGUCGGUCCAGCCAUUGGUAGCCGCUGGGCCGACAAGCCUCGCACCGGCGACGACUCGUCGUUUAAUCCAAGUCCAUUCUCAUCCGAACCGGCUUUUCCUUUCUCUUUGUGUUUCUAAUAACAACAACUUUCCCGUCGGCUGUUGUUUUACCCGACGGGUUUCGCCUUAGCCACUCCCACCAAUCGACUACCUUAAGCAGCGUCUAAUUAGUUCACUUCGCAAAAGGGAAAGCACUACAAAAGCAUUUUGAUAAAGAAAAAAAAGCUGUAUGAACCAAUAUCUGUGAUCGAAAUCAAACUUAUCGCCUUUACAUUAAAGGGAACCAAAUAGCUGAGAUACUUACACUAAAGAAAGGGGAGGAAACUUGAACCGAAGGCUUGGACUCUGGGAGCCGAACCUUCAACCCUGCAGUCGGAACCGCGGGGCCGAGCCCAGCUAGCGCGCUAGCGUGAGGAGAGACGUCCCGCUAGCCCACCGUUAGCCUGCCGUUAGCUCUUCCCGCCUCUCCAAGGUCCUAGCGUGAAGAGAGACAUCCCGCUAGCCCGCCGUUAGCUCUUCCCGCCUUUCCAAGGUCCUAGCGUGAAGAGAGACGUCCCGCUAGCCCGCCGUUAGCUCUUCCCGCCUUUCCAAGGUCCUAGCGUGAAGAGAGACGUCCCGCUAGCCCGCCGUUAGCCUGCCGUUAGCUCUUCCCGCCUUUCCAAGGUCCUAAAGUGAAGAGAGACGUCCCGCUAGCCCGCCGUUAGCUCUUCCCGCCUCUCCACGGUUACCGCCUCCCUCUGUGCUGCUAUCCAUUAGCGUUCACCCGAGUACACUGGGUCUCUGAAGACUGCACUGUGAGAAAACACAAGCGCGUCCGUCCCUCCGUCCGCCGGCGGGACGUUUUAUUUUAACGUGUUCAUCCGUGUCACGUUACGCAUCUGCUGGUCCCGGCGGGAACGCCCGUCUCCACGUUUCCGUUUCCCGCCCUAAAACCUCGUGGACGUGUUUCCGGUCAGGAGCUCCUCGUUUUCCAACCACUUCGUCUGCGCCGUCACCGCCGAGCCGCUUUUUGUAAUAACGACGCAUUUUGUAAUAAACGUCCAAAAUGUAAUAACUUUGUCAUUUCAUUUUGUAAUAAACUGACACAUUCUGUAAUAAACUACCCCAACGCAUUUUGUAAUACAUUUUCCCACAUUCUGUAAUAAAUUAUUACAUUUUGAGAAGAUUAUUACAAAAUGCACUUGCAACUUUUUUAUUCUCUAGAAAAUGUAAUAACAUGGUGCAUUAUGUAAUAACAAUUCUAAAGCAUAGUUUAUUUGUUUGUUAUUGGCCUAUAUAAUUCCAAACAUCAAAUAGGAAACUAAAGUUAUAUUUGGAGUUUUAUACAUAGAUUUAUUGGGCUACAUAGCUCUAAGGGAAAUUGCAUAAAAAACACCAAAAGUCACUCUUGUAUAAAUUCAUUGUUAAACAAACAACAAUAAUAGGUUUUAUUACAUAAUGCACCAUGUUAUUACAUUUCCUAGAAAAUAAAAAAGUUGCAAGUGCAUUUUAUAAUAAUCUUCUCAAAAUGCAAUAACAAAAUGUAUUACAAAAUGGGGCAGUUUAUUGCAAAAUGCGGCUUUAUUACAAAAUGAAAUUAAAAAGUUAUUACAUUUUGGACAUUUAUUACAAAAUGCACUGUUAUUAUAAAAUGUGGUUCAACAUCUCUCCCGUCUCUCCGGUCUCUCACUGCAAAAACUCAAAAUCUUACCAGGAAUAUUUGUCUUAUUUCUCUUUAAAAUGUCUCAUUUUUAGUCAGAAAAUAACAAGAGUCAUGACCAGAAAAAUUACUUGUUAUUUGACAAUUUUCACCUGUUUCAAGUAAAUCUUCACUUGAAAUAAGUAGAAAAAUCUGCCAGUGGGACAAGAUUUAUCUUCUCAUUACAAGCAAAAAAAUCUUGGCAGGUUAGUCCAGUCACAAUCUCCCUGGAGGAAUAAAAACAAGACGCUCUCCCCCCCACUAGCCCUCCCCCUCUCAGGAACAUCUGUGGACCUGGAUCAGAACUGUACCGGCCGUCUGAUAACAUCAAGGACACUGGCUAAGGAGCAGCUCUGGGGCAAAGUUCACACACUUUUGCUGAUAACCACCUCCCUCAUCUCAACGCCUUAUCAGCCCCCCCUCUUAUCAGCCCCCCCAACACGGUCUCCGGGUUCGAGCGCCACGAAGCCGCGGCGAUCACUUGGCUCCUCCUCUAUCCCAGAGUUAUCCUUGGGAAAACAGGCACAUUAUAAACAUCUGUGUCGCCGACGGUGUAUCCCAAGUCAAAUUCACUGUUUUUAACCCUUUCAAUUAAAGUCUGACUCUGAUUCUGAUUCUGAAACAGGUGAAAAUUGUUGUUUUUCCAGUGAUGAGUCUUGUUUUAAGUGUAAUGAGAAUUUUUGACUAAAAAUGAGACAUUUUAACUAGAAAUGAGUUUUUGCAGUGCUCUGGUCUCUCCGGUCUCGUCCUCCAACCCCUCGUCGGCUACAUCAACCCCGGCUCUAUGAUCGGCGUCCUGAAGGAAACGCUGUGAGGGUUGGAGUCCAGGAACAUCGGAGAAGUUUAACCAUCAGCCUCUCGUCUCUAACGUCUGAGUUUCAGACGGAUCUGGACGAGUUUCAGGCCCCGUUUCCACCUUGCAAAAACAGUGGUGUUUUCCUGCGUUUUGUUCGUUCGUUUACACGAAAAUGAAGCUCAAAGUCUCCAGAAACCAUCAUUCCUGAAAACUCCGGCCAAAGUGGAGAUUUUUCAAACCUCCGUCUUCACGUUUGCUUGUAAACGGAGAGAAACGGACAUUUAUUCUUCAGAACGUCACAUUAUGAGACAGAGACGUCACCAGCGUCAUGAGUGACACCUGUGGUUACAAUUAGUUUGUAACCGUCAAUAUUUUCUUGUAUUUUACCUGUUUUAUAUUCUAACGUCACACUUAAAAGUAACUCCACUUCUCUGUCACUCCAAACCAAAGACUCGUUCAUCUUGGAAGUAACUGGAAGUUACUCGUGUCAUUUGUUGAUGUUUUUUUCCAGGAUUCUGAUUGGCUAGCAUGACUUUAUCUUCUCGUUACACUGCCCCCUGUAGGUUUGGCUGCUCAUAGCACCUUAACAGAUAUUUAUGCAGGUUCCUGGAAAUGAUGGGACUUUUCUAAACGUAGAGGGAAAUAUCCGUUUUUGUGAAACUACGUGGAAACGCGGCCUGAGCUUCUCCUUCACUCCGGCUGAAACUGAAACCCCCGUGUGUUCGAAGCUUCAACUACGAUCCGGCCGCUUGUGAAAUCAUAGCAUGAGAUAAACUUUUACUGCCCAACAUUUUAGCGUAUAUUAGGAUACAAGCACAAAACAAAGGGAUGUUUUCCUCCAUGCAACUGGACUUGCUCGACUCCAGAGAGCAGCUCCAGCUUUCUGACGGAUGCAUUUGUGCCAAAUGCUGUUUCUAUCAAUCCCCUCAUUGACUUUCCUCUUUCUCUCCACAUAUUAUUCCUCUGCAUGAUCUCCCAGAAUCCUCGUGUCGUCCGUCGAGCUCUCCCCCCCCUCGUCGUCUCAUUGGUUGGUGUAUUUGGAUGUGCUUUGGGUGGGAAUUAUGCACUUAUCGGUCGUCGGGGUGUGAAAUACUUUUCCAGGCUGCAGAGUUCACAAGGUUAAAACGCACAGAAAACACCUGCCUCCAAAAACUGUGAGAAAACCCCCAAGACCAACCAGCAACGUUAGCUCCGAGUGUGAAAUUCCCUCUUUACGAAGAACAAGUCGGUAGUUUUAGCCUUUUCAAACGAAGAGAAAGUCUUGUUGUUUUUCUUUGUUCGUUUGUUGGUUGUUGUUUUUUUUUUAACGAAGGAAUAUCUUGGUUGAAUAAGUAGUUACAACGACGGCUGACGCCGAAGCUUCGGCCUCGGGACGAAGUUCGGACAGAAAAAGGCGUGAAAAUAAACGAGAGAUGUGGAAUAUUGUUUGUGACCUCAAGCCGAAACAGUGACAUCCUUUAUGCAUAUCCUGUUAUCUGAAAAUGACUAGAACUCAUUUCUGUGGAAUACAAUAUGUCAUGUCAUAUGAUCUAUAUGUACUUUAUUGUAGCUAUUCUAGUUUGUAGUCCAAAUGCAGUCCAGCGUUGUCGAUACAAUGUGAAACUAUGUUAUAUUUGUGUGGAUGAUGAAAGCGCCAACUAAGCCUGAUUAAGAUUAGCUUCGCAGUUUGUUUGUGCAUUACGAUGACCGUCAUCGGCCGGUGGUGUCCAUAUUUCUGUCAUUGAUGAUUUAAUUUGACAGUAAGAAAAUGUAAAGAAUAUUGGAAGCAAUAUAGUAGCAUGUCGUCCUGUUUUGUGUUUUAUGUCUGAUGUAUGAACCUUUGAAAUUACUAAGAUUUUGAAUGAAUAGGUUUACAUGUACUUUUUGUAAGUUAUGAAAAUGCUGCUAUUUGAUAAGUAAACUAUACAAAAUAUUUUAGUUUAAAAGAUGUCUGGUCUGUUGAUUAGAGACGAUGCUCCGAGAGAGUUGGAGCAUAAAACGAGGUGUAUAGAGUUACUAUACAGUAUUGGUGAGAUAAAGUAAAAGUAAUAAUAGACUCCGUAGUUCAACCUGUGCCAAACUAGACCCUACGCAGCUUCGGAAAUUGUAGAUGUGCGAUUCAAAUGUUAGAUAUCAAUAACUUGUUUAGAAGUGCUGAUCAAGUGCCAAUCAAACAUUGUCUUUUAAGUUAAGAAAAGAUAAUCAAAUACAUUACUUAAGAAAAACAAAGGACAAAGAUACUUUAUGUGCAUCGUUUUAUCCCAUAGGUACAUAGAGUAAGAGUUAAAGUGAUUUUAUGGCUCCAUGUUGUUUUCCCUCCAUUUAUCCUCGUGUGUUCGUUUGACCUGUGGCUUCAAAGUUCUGCUGUUUCUCACAAAUGUCUCUAUAGGCCAGCAUGGACUAGCAUAAACAUGUUAUAGGCAUUCAUAACAUAGCCAUUAACAAUCAAAAAUGUGUUCGUGGAGUUCGGUGUUAUCUUUUUGCACGUCUUCUAUUGCAUGGUAUCAAAGUAAAUUAUGGAGGAAAAAAAAACGUAUAAAAAUCUCGCGAGGCGUCUCGCACAAAACAUCCAGAGACAUAAACACUGCAUGCGGUCAAGAUGUAAAGCUCUUAAGUUUAUUCGCCUCAUGUUUAAAACGUAUUGAGUUGUUUGUGUUGUGAGUUGGGAGGAAGUUCAUUAUCGUCAUGUUGGCCCGAAAAGAAAAAAAAAAAGAACACAAACAUCUGAGAUUUAAACGUCCAUCUCUCUCACGUUCAUCCGAGAAGAUCUUUAGACUUUUAGGUUCAUUGAGGAGUUUUAAAAAAAGGUGAAACUAGCAAAAAUGUGAAACUUGUGGCGGUGCUUUGGCUCCUUGUGGUUUUGGGACAUCAGGCAUGCGUUUCUUUAGCAAACAGGUUUAACUCACUCCACUCGUCCCAUGACACGCAGAAAUGUUUCAUGUUGCAGCUGAAAGCCCAGAUCUAAUCUAUGAAUGUACCCAUUUAUGACCUUUUUGCUUUUCCUUUCCUAAGUUCUGUUGAAUGUUUAUCUGUCUUAAAUGUAAAUUCAGGGCAGGAAUGUCAAAUACAGUAACGGUUUAAUAUCUAUGUCAAUAACAUCCUUCACUUAUAGUCAGGUAGGCCGACAGGCCGUAGUCAUGAACCAGAUGUGUUAAAAACAACUUCCGAUUUGCUGUCAACAUUAACUUGUUGUUGCAUAAAUGCACUUUACCGAUCCGUGGGUCAAUAUUGGGCGUGAAUUGAAGCAAAUUGUGUUUGACUGUCCAAAGCUGAUUUGUUUUGAUCUCAUUGCCUUUUCGAUGCUGUUGCUGUUCCGUUGGUUUGUUUGUUCUCUGAACCCGUCGGGUGUCGGGGGUGACGGGAAAGUUCUCUGGGAAAGUUGUGGAAGGUUGUGGAGUCUCAGACGUUACAGGACGUUCCGCCGCAGCAGAGAUCCGUCCGUUGGCCGACGGGGUUUCACUUCACAGCAACCCGUGAAACCCGGACGGAUCGUUCACCUCGGCCCGUUGGGGUUACAUUUCCAAAUUGUUUUUGGUUUUUGUUUUCAACCGAACAAAUUGGGAUUGAAGUUUGUGCUGAGGGAGCAGGAGGUCGAGGUCUGGCUGGUGUUGGAACCGGCAGACGGAAGAACUGAUCAAAACCACAGAGGAAACUGAACGAUCAAGGCCUUCGAACAACGAAUGAUGUGUUUGUUUCAUUGUUUCUGUUUUUAUCUGCUUCACAUCUCAGUCCGAGACAAACGUCAUCCAGAAACGCUCCCGUUGGUUUUUAUUUCCCUCCAGACGAACUCUGGACGUCCGUCCGUCCGCCCACAGAGCCCUUUCAGAAUAAAAGGCUAUGACUGGUUUUAAAUGUCACAAACUGGCAAAAGGCUGCUCGCUCCUCUCUUUAAACCAAUUCUACCUGAAUCUCUCCGUCUCUCAGCCGACACAUCACGGUUUGUGUUUCACCACCCGAGCAUCCGCUAACUGUUCAACCUUCACGCGGGUUUUUCUCUUCACGAGAAAACGUGGGAACUGUUUGCCAACGAAACGUCUGGACCCGCCGAACCUCCCAUGAACUCUGUCCACUCCUCCAUCCCAAGAACUCAUGUGUGUUUUUACUGUCAAACUCUGGACGACUGUUCUUUUCCGUUGGUUGGUUUGUCGGUUUGUUUGUCGGUUAUCUGGACUCGUCUGCAGGUCGAGCGCUUGCUGGAGUGUAAACUGGAGAAAAGCAUGCCAGCACCUUGCAAAGAUUUUCAUACCUUUUCUUUUUUUUUUUCGGGGUUUGAUUUUGAGUUUAACCUCUUGUUCGUUCCAUCUCAGAAAAAAAAAAAAAAAAAAUGGACUGACAGCAUAAGAUCAAAUGUUUCAAUGGAAUGGGGCGUCUUUCUCUCUGACGUAACGAUGGUUUUGUUCUUCAUUCGACUCUGAAAGUCCAGCAGUAGAAACUACCUAAAGGGCUUUCCGGGAGAGCAUUUAUAUGUCUUUUAAAAAUGGGGGAAAAAAGAACCCAGUCCUUUGAAUCUGUGGGGACAGAAAACGCCUUCUAGUGCCAAAACCAGAAAAAGUGUGAAAGCUUUUCAUGACAACGUAUUUGUCAGCGAAAGUGCCAAAUAAAUCCCAUCCUGAGCCAGACGGCGAGCGUUCGAUCACAGGAAGUUACGGCCCAUUUUCACCCGACAAACAUGGUCGACAUUUGCACCGUAUCGUUAUUAUGCUGCCAGUCUGUUUCCUGCUCUGGUCAGAAACAUCGCAGAAGCAGAAUAUUUUCUAAAAACGAUGCUCUGUGGAUAAAAAGACAACUCUAGUGAGGGACUGAGAGGAUUUUAAGCGUCAUUUUUUUGUUUUGUUAUGAGUUUAUUUCAACAUUAUUCAUGACUAGAUUUAACAGUAAUGAUAUUUAAUGUAACUGUAGUACUGUGUUUGUAAAAGAAUUCAGUGAGUUGUGUUUUAUGACUCGUGGACUACCAGUGAAGUCAGCAUUUCAGUGUUAAUAUUUGAAUUGUUUUUUAAAGAUUAUUUUUGCGACGGCAACA